AUGGCUUGUGUAACACCAACAACUCCAUCUACCAAGGAGACCACUAAUUAUGCGCGGCUUUGUCGACUCUUGGUGGAGCUUGGUACCAGGGCCCUUAAGGACACUUUUGAUUCCAUACACCGACCAGCAACCCUGCAUGCUGUUUUGGCGGGAAACAAAACUGUGCUGCGGUCACUGAGGGACAGAAAGAUUAUUAAUCCAACACAAUGGGGAAAGCUAUUUCCUACUAACUCUUUUUCAGUUUCGUCGUCAUCAUUCGACAUUACUCUUCUGAUGGUCUUGUUAAGAAACAUCUGUGGUCUGGUUGCACCUGCCACUGGUUGGGAUGCUUUGCCUACCGCAACAGACUCGAGCCGUGAAGCCAAUAUUGUUCGAAUAAAAUUCUUUAGAAACACGUUGUACGCGCAUGCUCGACACGCUUCGGUUGAUGACACAACAUUCAAUAGCCAAUGGCGGGAUAUUCGGAAAUCUCUGGUGUGUCUGGGAGGACUUCAGUACAGAACUGCUAUAGACCAUCUUGAGACCGAAUGUAUGGAUCCUGAGUCUAAACAACAUUGCAUUGAGCUGUUGGAACAGUGGAAGAAAGACGAGGACAACGUGAAAGAUCAGUUAGAGGAAGUCAUGAAAAAGCUGGAUAAAAUCACUACUGAAAGUAAGUUAACUUGUUAUUAAAACAUCUCACUCUGUGCGAAAUUCUGAAGGCUAGUUGGUUGAUUGGAGACAAGAGAGAAUAAUGGAACAGAGAGGGAAACGCCCAGUCUAGCCCUUGGGAUUUGUGAAUUUCACCAAAGUUAUUUUUAGACCAAUUAAACGAUUAAAAUUAAUCGGAAAUUGGCUCCCGGAGAGGUCCGCAAGCCUUUAUUCAGUGUUAUAAAGAGAAAAUAAUGGGACAUUAUGCUCUCUUGGUGUGUCGCCAUUACAAUAUGCUGCAUUCAAUUGGUUUGAGGCAGUGGCGCGUGGACUAGAUGAAGUUUCAAACAAUCGAUCAAAAUACGCAGACGUCCCAGUAAUUAUACUUCCUCUUAAUUACAUCCUCUAAAAACAACUUUAGUGAAAUUGACAUAUCCCGGCCAACACCCCAAGAUUCUCUGUCAGUCGCAUUAUUUUUUUUGUUGGAGUGUGUUAAUGGUAUGAAACGUACGGCCUUCAUGAGGUUAUGAUUCCUUUCACCCUUGGUCUCCCUGACCGUUCAUAUAAUUUUUGAUCAUGAGGUACGUAGGGAUACAUGAUUGAAAAAGGAAAUAUCUGGAUAUUUUUCUUUUAGUUUAGAUUAACCUUAAAAACGGUACAUGCUUGAAUCUCCCCAAAAGACCAUUUGUACCGUUUAUAUAUCAUACAAUCCAAAAAUGACUCAAUUAAGUUACAGUCCUUAAUUCAACAAUAACUAUUUGUGAAUUUGUGGAUGAUUGUUCGGAUGUUUUUAGUUGGGGGGCGGGGGAGAGGUUUAAAAUUUUGAGAGAAUGGGAAAAUAUUGGAUUUGGAGGAUGAAAAAUUAAAAUAUGAAAUGAAUAAUAAGUAGACAAUUACCAGAUAGCCCACCAACACAACAAGGUGCCUCUGAUCUCAUUAGCGGACGAACUGGUUUAUGUGUAUACCUUUUCUUACCUAAUUUACUUCCUUCCCAAAUCAACAUCAUUUCCCCAUAAAACCAAGCGUGAUGCUCCCUUAAGUCCCACUAUCCACUUACAAAUUCUCCAAACUGAUCUCCAUACAUUUCUUUUAAGAAUUAGUUGAGAGAAUUUGAUAAAAGAUCAUGGCAUUUUCUCUUUGGUGAUCAUUUCAUUAAUUCUCAUAACUCUAUUUCUUAACAAUGUAUGAAUAUUUUUAGGAGAAAAUUGUUGUUGGUCACUAUUGGCACUUAAAGGGUUAACACGAUCUAUUAACGAGCUGUACCUCUUAACAGACUUAACAGUGUUUUCUAAAUACUGAAAGAAGGUGACUACUGUCUGUAUGCGGAACGUUCUUUGCACUUUCCCUUCUGGGUAUAAGCCAGAUUUAGAAAGGUUACGAUGAGAAAGUAAGCGAUAAUUGACUGACAUAUAGGCGCAUUGAUCUUUUAGUGAAAAGCUUGAAGUCUCCAGAUAAGAUCCGGCGUGGAUCUAACACGUAUCAAGAUCACGAGAAUGAGCCAGUAGAGUACUUUUCUGAAGAUUGCAAAGUUUGUGAGAAAUGUGGACAGUUCAGUUCUGAGAGACAAAAUGAAAUGGCUAAAGUUGUUGAUAAACUUAAAGCGAAAGCGGUCUAUGUUGAGGCAAAGGUAAAUGAACAAACUGAUCUGAUGCAGAAAAGCCAGGAAAAAAUCUGUUUUGCUGAAAAGGACAUGGUUGAGAUUGUGGAAGAGAAGAUUCGCCUUCUAAACGCACAUAAAAGAGACAUGAAAAUGAAAUUUUCUGAGAUUCGUGAAGCACAACAACGAGAGCACGAGACUAGGAUAAGAAACUUUAAAAUGGUCGCAAUCCAGACAAGGAAAUAUAUUGAAAAAGGCGAGGAUUUCUUAAAAAGAAUGAAUGGUCCUGGAAUUCUGGAAACAGAGUGUGCUGAUGACUUAAUUCGCUUUGAGGAAGGUUUGAAUGACGAAGAAAUGGAAAUCUAUAAACCUAGGCGUGUUACUUAUCGUGCAGACAAAGACUCAGUUACUCAGGGUACCGUUGAAUUGGAACCUCAUUGUACCGCGGCUCUUGUCCAAAGAACAGGAGCUUUUCGAAUAGCAGGAGGAAGAAGUUCACAUUACAGUAACUGUUCAGUCACCGAGCGGAGUGGGGAACAAAAAUGAAGCAAAUUAUUUUAAAGAUAGAGACAAGACAGACAACACACCCCAAACACUGCUUGCGCAACACAUGACGUUGUGGUUAACCGCUGCGAGAAGCCGCUGACUGCUUGGCCUCGUGGUUUGCAAAUGAGUCCACAUCAGAACAAAGGUCUCCGAUCAUUCAAAUCACGUGGGAAAGGACAAGGAGUGUUCCACAAUCCGUGUAGCAUUGCAAUGAAUCAAAAGACUGGGUAUAUUGUGGUAGCUGGGGCCUCAGUCAUCGUGUUCAGCUGUUUGAUUCUAAAUGGAAAUUUCUGA